AUGGAGAUUAGGCUUGUCGCCUGCGAGCGUAUGUCAGGGACACAACGCUCGAAAAAGACUCCAUUGAGUUUGUGCUUCGUGAAGCAGCCUGUCUGCAAUGGAGAUGAGGCUUGUCGCCUGCGAGCGUAUGUCAGGGACACAAUGCUCGAAAAAGACUCCAUUGAGUUUGUGCUUCGUGAAGCAGCCUGUCUGCAAUGGAGAUUAGGCUUGUCGCCUGCGAGCGUAUGUCAGGGACAAAAUGCUCGAAAAAGACUCCAUUGA